CAAGGUCAUCUCCCUUCAGACCCAGUGACUCCCCUUUCUCCAGGGACAGAAGGUGCAGAGCCAGGCAGCAGUGCAGGAGUCUCCCUUAAGGCCAGUGGGGCAAGGGCAGGUAGCAUGGCCUCCUGGGCGUGGCUGGUGGGCUGCGUGCUGGCGGCGUGCUUGGCUUCCACCUUGCCACAGAAUGUGUGCAGAGCUCCCGAUGGAAGGCCGGGGCAGCCCGGAGCCCCAGGUCUGGAUGGGCGUCCAGGGCCUAAGGGGGAACGUGGAGAGCAAGGGACACCAGGAGCAAGGACAGGAGUCCGUGGCCUCAAGGGGGAUGAGGGUGAACCUGGUCCCCCUGGAAAGCCAGGGAAUAGAGGUUUUGGAGGUCCCCCUGGCCUUCAAGGACUCCAAGGAUUACCUGGAAAGAAGGGGCCCAAGGGAGAGAUGGGAAGAAUGCAAAACCAGGUUAAACCUGCCUUCUCAGCAAUCCGGAGGAACCCGCAAGCGAAUGGGAACGUGGUCAUAUUCGACAGCAUCAUCACCAACGAGGAAAACCGCUACCAGAGCAACACCGGCAAGUUUAUCUGCAAUUUCCCCGGCUACUACUACUUUACCUUCCAGGUGGUGUCCUCUGGGGACCUUUGUCUCUUCAUCGUGUCCUCCAAAAGAGGUCAGGCCACACGCAACUUGGGUUUCUGUGACAGCAACAGCAAGGGGAUUUAUCAGGUCAACUCUGGCGGCACGGUGCUGCAGCUGGCCGAGACAGACGAGGUAUGGAUCGAGACGGACCCCCAGCGGGGGAACAAGAUCUACAGUGGCAGAGAUGUGGACAGUAUCUUCAGUGGCUUCCUGCUUUUCCCCUCCAACUGGACAGAGCCCUUCUUCACGGGCCGUGGCCGCCACCUGCUGGCCAGCGCCGGGCUGCACAGGAAGGUCGUUACUCUCAGCAGAAGUCUUGGGGGUCUUGGGAGAACCAAGUGCAAACGAGGGCCGGGUCCAGAGUCAGAUCGGCUGAUCCCCGUGUCCCCCCUGGCUGCCCCUGAAUCACAGUCCAUCCGCCCGGGGCUGCUCCGAGGCCUCUGCUCUUGGGGCAGGAUUCAGGCUGGGGCCGGGCACAGAGCAGGCUCCUCCCCUGAGACUUUCCGCCUGAAGGCGCCUCUUCGUCCCCACUUGUGGCCCCCCCCUCACCCCACGCCCAGCUCGAACUUUUCUCCUAUCCACUUCCUCCUGCCUCUGAGGAGGAAAGCAGUGGCCACUGAGAUACCACUUCUUUCAACGGCCCCAUCCCCAUCCCAAGAGGCAGCUGCCUCCAGGAUGGACAUGAAGCUGCCUCGGGGUCACAGCCUGAACCUGCUCCUGUUCCUAUUGGCCGUUCUGGGAGGGACCCACGCUGAUCCAGCCAGCUGUUAUGGGAUCCCUGGGAUGCCUGGUCUGCCUGGAGUUCCAGGGAAAGACGGCAGAGAUGGGCUGAAGGGGCCCAAGGGGGAACCAGGGAUACCAGCCAUUCCUGGGACAAGCGGGCCCAAGGGCCAGAAAGGAGACCCAGGACUCCCAGGUCAUCCUGGGAAGAAUGGCCCCCCGGGACCAGCUGGGCCCCUCGGUGAUCCCGGCUCCCAGGGUCCACCGGGAAAGCCAGGUAUCCCUGGGAAAUACAAGAUGAAGUACCAGUCAGUGUUCUCAGUGACGAGGAAAACCCAGGAGCACCCAGAACCCAAUAAACUUGUCAGGUUCAAUACAAUCAUCAACAACCCUCAGGGACACUAUGAUGUGCGCACAGGCAAAUUCACCUGCCAGGUGCCGGGUCUGUAUUACUUUGUUUUCCACGUGUCCCAGACGGCCAACUUGUGCCUGAUCCUGGUGAUGGAUGGGACUAGAAAGGCCUCCUUCUGUGACCACUUAUCCAACAAAAAGCAGGUCACCUCAGGCGGGGUUCUGCUCCGACUGGAGAUGGACCAACAAGUGUGGCUGGAGGUCAAUGACUAUAAUGGUAUGAUCGGCACUGAGGGCUCUGACAGCGUCUUCUCUGGCUUCCUGCUCUUCCCAGACACUCCAGGCACCCUUGGGACCUCUUCAAACUGCAAGGGACUGACCUACUCAGGAGGAAGUAGUAAUAGGGCAGAGAUGAAUAUGAAACCUUUGAAGUGGGCUCUAGGGACACUGCUCCUGCUAGCCCUGGCUGUUAUUGCACUGGCUGAGGUUCCCUGCAAUGGGCAUGCUGCCAUCCCAGGGACGCCUGGAAUACCAGGAGUGGCUGGCCCCAAUGGCAAGGAUGGCAGCCCUGGGAUCAAAGGAGAAAAAGGGCUACCAGGAAUACUGGGAGAUUCAGGAGAAAUUGGGGAAAAGGGAGAUUCUGGGAAUCCUGGAAACCCAGGGAAAAUGGGUCCCAAGGGCCCCAGUGGCCCCAAAGGCAUCCCUGGGCCUGUGGGUCCCCCUGGACCUCCAGGUGAAUCCGGAGACUAUGGCAACAUAGCAAAGUCGGCCUUCUCUGCCUCGAGGACCAUCCACACUCAGCUGCGAAAGGACCAGCCCAUCCGCUUUGACCGUCUGAUCUCCAGGGAAAGCAGCGAUUAUGAGCCUCGAAGCGGCAAGUUUAAUUGCCGGGCCCCGGGACUCUACUACUUCACCUACCAUGCCAGCUCCCGGGGCAACCUGUGCGUCAUCCUCAUCAGGGCCAAACGGGACGCAGCCAAGGAGAAAGUGGUGACCUUCUGUGACUAUGUGUACAAUAGCUUCCAGGUCACCACAGGAGGGGUGGUCCUCAAGUUGGCAGAGGGUGAUUCGGUUUGGCUGGAGGUCAAUGACAGAAAUUCCCUGGUGGGUUUGGAUGGGGCCAGUAGCAUUUUCUCUGGAUUCCUGCUCUUCCCUGAUAUAUGACCUGGUAAAUCCUGAGUCCUGUCUGGCUCCACUUUCCCCCUCACUGAGUUCUCAUUCCUCACCUAAUUUGAAUUCACAUAAAAAUAAAGAAUUUUGGAACACAAAGAA